GAGGAGGUCUUGUCCGAUAACGAUCUUUUGCCACUGCUCCGAUUAUUUAACCGCUCACAAAAACAGAAAAUUCAACCAAAAAAUUAUAUUCGCUUUAUUGCGCGCCUUUUUCUUUCACAAUGAGCACACCCGUCUCAACCACUCCAUCUCAGCUUACGUCCAAUGGCCCUCUUGGCGCUGCCGGAGGGGCCUCGUCUGCUGUGGCACCCGCUCGAUCUGCUCCUCGUGAGGGCGGUAGCACAAGCCUAGGGACUUUUGGUGUCAAGUCCGGUCUAGCGCAGAUGCUCAAGGGGGGUGUGAUCAUGGACGUGGUCAAUGCCGAACAGGCACGGAUUGCCGAGGAGGCAGGUGCGUGCGCUGUCAUGGCCCUCGAAAGAGUCCCAGCGGAUAUUAGAAAGGAGGGAGGUGUGGCAAGAAUGAGCGACCCCGCCAUGAUCAAAGAAAUCGUUGAUGCGGUCACUAUCCCUGUGAUGGCCAAGGUCCGGAUCGGACAUUUCGUAGAAGCACAGAUUCUUCAAGCCAUCGGCAUCGACUACAUCGACGAGUCCGAGGUCUUGACCCCUGCAGACGAAGAGUACCACAUCAACAAGCACAACUACAAGGUGCCUUUCGUAUGCGGUGCCCGAAACCUCGGAGAGGCCUUGCGUCGUAUAUCAGAGGGUGCUGCGUUCAUCCGCACCAAGGGCGAGGCUGGGACUGGAAACGUCGUAGAAGCCGUACGUCACCAGCGCUCCGUCAUGAGCGAGAUUCGAAAAGCCAGCGUUAUGAGUGAAGAAGAGCUGUAUGCCUAUGCCAAGGAAAUCCAGGCGCCAUUCCAUCUCCUGAAGGAGACGGCAAGAUUGAAGCGACUUCCAGUGGUCAAUUUUGCUGCGGGGGGUAUUGCUACUCCAGCCGAUGCAGCAUUAAUGAUGCAACUUGGCUGCGAUGGAGUUUUCGUUGGAUCGGGCAUUUUCCACUCUGGUGAUCCCGCCAAGCGCGCAAGGGCCAUUGUGCAAUCUGUGACCCACUACAACAACCCAAAAAUACUUGCAGAGAUAUCUGACAACCUAGGUGCGGCCAUGGUGGGUCUCACGAUCGACUCUAACUUGAAGGGCGGAAGGAUGGCGGGGCGAGGGUGGUGAAGAACGUUGGAUGAUCGAAGAAAAUGAAACGGAAAAGGUUCAACCCGUUUGUAGAUGGGUCUAUCCCCAUCUGCUUAGACAGUAAUGUUAUUAUGUAGCACGAGAACAAGAACAGACAAUGGCAAGGUAUUAUAUUAGUUUUAGACGACAGCUUGCGAUGCUGUGAAAAUGUCUUGUCGCAAUCACUCUAGCUCCACGCACGCACGGACACUCUAACCGCAAGAGAAUGAUGAGUCGACAAUCGGAUGAGUUCCUUCCCUUUGUGCUUUCAGACCAGAAGCGUUUUAGGCCUUGGUUCAAUAAACUUUCAAGAUCAAAAAACCCUGGCGCUUACGUCAGCGGCUCUACGUCACUCGCCGGCACAAGUCGUUUCGUCUUUGGGCGCAAGUGCAUUCAGUUUUUCAGUUCCAACCAUGUCGUCUGACCACAAAAAGGCGCAGGCGACGGUCGCAUCAUUCGUAGACAAGGCCCCAAACGCGCGUUAUACGUUUGACAGUGAGCGCGGGGCACCACAGUCUGAGCUGUGCCGAGAAGGCGGAGAGAAAGGUCGGGAGUGCAUUAUGGUGAGAUUCAUAUCAUGGUUAUGAUGAAGGGGAUCGGGUUUGUGAACGCCAUCCUGUUAGGUUCAAAUGUUAUCGACAAAGUUGUUCGAAACGAUGCAGGCGAAUGGCUUCUUCUGUGCCCUUCCAAUGGACCCAUCGCGGACACAUAUGGAAUGCAAUAGAAUACCAAAGUAACUAUUCACCGUAUACUCUUAUACUACAUUUAUUCGAACCAUCGAGAUCAUCGCGCAUGAUACAUAUGCAUAUGGCAAUGGAUAAAGGAAAGCUACGUUCUGCGGUGCGAACCAUAACACUACACCGGGACGGCGACAAAAUCAAUACCGAGAGCACCGGCUUUCGCUUUAUCU